AUGAAAUAUAUAGUGCUCUUUGCUUUAGUACUUUUGACAAUUGCAGCAAUUGAUAAUCAAACAAAGUAAAUGUUAAAUUAAUUAGAAGACAAAAAUCAUUAGAGGAAUAACAUCCAUCUCUUUUUAGAGCAUUAAAAAAUAUGGCAUUAUUAUAAGAGUAAUCAUAAUAAUUAGAUUAUUCUCGUUUGAUCAAUGCUAUAAAUGAUCUUGAAUCUGAAAUAUUGUAAAAUAAGGAAGAUGAAAAUGCCUCUUUCAAUAAAGACUUUUUAUCGAACAAUGCAGAUUAAGAGUUUUAUGAAAAUUAGAUUACCUAAUAUUAAGUAGAAGUAUCUCAACAUGAAGUUGAUUUGGCUGAUCUAACAGAGGCUAGAAAUACUUUACAAUAAUUAUUAAAUGAUGGAAUUAAAGAAUAAUAAGAUGUCACACUCUUAAGAAAUUAAUUAGAUCAAUAAAUUAAAACAGAUGCUGCUAAUACUGCUGCAUAAUUAUAGGAAUAUGAUGAUUCUGCUGCUGCUAUAGAUGAAGCUAUUAAUUUAUUGACAUCUUUAAAGAAUGCUGAUACCUUGGUCUAAGUCAAAGAUAAAUUGAAAACUCAUUUAAGUAAAUAAAAAGUUUUCUUCCAACCCUUAAUUGUAGCUCUUACUGAUAUUGCAUAAUCCAAGUAUUAUAUUUUAGAUUACUUUAUAGUUUUGCAAAUCAAGAAUUAAUUAGCAAAGUAACUAACCUUCUUAAUUAAUUGAGAACUUCUUUAUUAGAAAGUAGAUUAUAAUUAGUUGUUUCAUCAUAAUCAUUAGAAGCUUUAAAUAAAGGAUUAUUAACUACAUAUGAAGAAAAAUUAAAUAUCUUAUCAACUGUUGUCUUACCUGAUUUAAGAGAAAAUAUAGAGAUUAAGGAUGGUAUAUUAUAUUCAUAAAUCCUUUAGCUGAAAUCAAAGCUAAGAAUAAUUUACUCAAUGAUGCUAGAUCAAAUUUAGAAGAUGCUUAAGAUAAUUUGAAGGCUACAUAAGAUGCUUGGAUUGUCAGAUCUAAUUUGAAUUCUAAGUUAUUAUAAUAAUAUGAUACCGAUUUAUCACUUAUUCAAUAAGUCAAAUAAAGUUUUGACAGAGCAGGUAUUAAAUAAUGAUUGAAUAAAAAUAAUAAUUAUAAAAUACAUUAUCCAUA